AGGAGGAGAAAGGGAGAAAGAAUUUAGCUCCCGCUGUAAACAAUACAAGGCCUCAAUAGAAGUUUACAUUAAGACAAAGAGGAAAGAAAGGCAAAAACAAUGGUACAGACUGAGAGAUGUAAGAGACCUUUGGACUUAGAAAUGCCAGAAGGAAAUGAGAGUCUAGAUGUGGAUUGCAGUCCUUCAAUAUUGCUGAAUUUUGCUCUUGCAUUACAACAUGUGUUGGUGCUGUCUUCUCUCUGCGCUCUGGUUGUCUGUACAUUAAUUCAGGAAGUAGAAAGGGACACAAUAGUGGCCUAUGUGCUCUUACACUCUGGUAUAUCUACACUGCUGCAGAGCUGGAUUGGAUCACGUUUGCCAUUGAUUCAGGCUCCAUCUUUGGACUUUCUGAUCCCUGCCAUGGCCUUACUUUCUGCUCAGUCAGGGUCUGCUGUGUCCUGUAGAGGGCAGUGUGUGGAACCCCAGGAACCCAUGGUCCCAGCAAACCCAAUCAGAGAGUUGAAAGGCAUGGCAGUGGUUGCAGGUAUGGUUCAGUUGGCUGUGGGUUCGACUGGACUCGGGGGGGUUGCUCUAGGACGCAGUGGUCCAUUAGUUCUGGCUCCUCUGCUGUGUAUUCUGGGUUUCUCCAUCUACAAGGAGGCUGCACUGCUGUGCUCUGAUCACUGGGGCCUGGCGAUACUGGCAGUUGUCCUUCUAGUGGUCCUGUCUCAGCAUCUUCACUCUUUUCUGCAUCUUUCUGUGUUGUCCAGCUGUAGGAGACUCUCUGUACUUCUGUCUGUGAUGGUGACUUGGGUAGUUUGUGCAGCACUGUUACACUGGGGUCACGUCCAUCUCAACUCAGUGACCCAGAUAAUCUCAAUAAACACAAACACCACCUUCUUUCAGAACCAAAACAGUCCACAACCAAUCCACAAGCUUAUCUUUCGCAAUGCCUCUUUGCCCUGGCUGGACUUCCCCCUUCCUGCUUCAGCGCUCCCCCUGCUGUCUGGAAGAAGUGUUGCAGCAGGACUGGCUGGAGGUCUGUCUGCCAGCAUGAGUUCUCCAGCGGUGUAUGUGUUGUCCGCUCGGCUGCUGAAGGCUCCUGUUCCCCCUGCUCAUGCCUGUAACAGGGGACUGUGUGUUGACGGACUGGGCAGUGUGUUCGCUGGCCUGAUGGGGGCGCCAGUAGGACUGUGCAGCAGUGCAUCUAAUGCAUGUGUUAUUGGACUCAGUCAGUCUGGGUCCAGAAGCACAGUGCAGCUUGCCGGCAUCUUGUUGUUAAUUCUGGGAUUGUCUCCUCAGUUAGCUCAGACGCUCUGCUCAGUACCUUUGGCUAUACAUGGCGCUGUGCUCAGUGUAACCUACGCACUUGCUGUAGCAACAGGCAUAACGUAUUUCCAACAUGCUGACGUGGACUCAGGACGCAACAUCUUUAACAUCGGCUUUACAAUGUUCAUGUCAUUAGCACUGCCACACUGGUUCAGACUUCACUCUGGAUUUAUACAAACGGGUGUUGGAAGUGUUGACAUUUUUCUUCAGUCUCUUUUAACUUUACCUGUUCUCCUUGUGGGAGUCUUGGCUUUUCUUCUAGAGCACACUGUUUCAGGGACUUUGCCUGAAAGGGGUCUUGUGCAACACGAAGGCACAAAGAAGAUCCAGUCUCUUGCUGAUCAGCAGCAGGGAUACACUCACAGUCCAGAUCCGGUAUAUGAUCCACCUGCGCCUGUGAUGAAGGUUCUGAACCUGACCGGCUUCAGAACCGUCCUCUUCUGUGCCUGCAGGACUCACACUGUUGAAGAAGUCCUGGUGACAGAACCUGAGAUGUCCAGCUUAUUACCCGAUAAAGAUACAGGUGUCUGCAGUGGCUGAAUUUUUGCAGCUCUGUCCAUCAUUUAUUUGAAUUUUCAAAAUGUAUUUAUCUAGUCUUUUUCCUGUUUGUGUUAUGUAAAUUGUAGUAUGUCGAAAAUAGUAUGGUCUUCUUUUUAAAAAACGUAAGCUCACUUAGAAAACUGUAUAUGAGAAGUUUACAACAUAGACUCAUUCUGAAAACUUGGCCCUAUAUACGUUUCUGGAGAUGGUGAGCUAUGUAGCCAGAAGUACGUAUGGCUGCAUUUAACUUUUAAAGUGAAUGCUACGGGGCAAUAUGAUACCAUUACUGUUUGCGCUUACCUGCUGACUGCUUACCUCCAUAUGGACGGCUUUCCCGCUGUUACCAGUUUGUCCCGUUAGCUCGCCAUGUAUGUCGGCGGAUUUGAGACGCAGAGAGGAGUUAACCACGACGACGGGGUUCGAGGCACGAAUGGCACUCGUGGGAGAAGUUUGAGAUCUGAAAAAGCGCACACAGUGCCCCCUGGUGGAUUCGCGAAAACAAAAAUUGCAAAAAAAAACGUAGCUCCUGGGAUGUGUUUGGCACUCUCCAGAAAUGUAUUUAGAAGUACGUUUUCAGAAUGAGCCUGGGUUGGAAGUUUAAACUAACAAGUCUUUAAAAUGCACGCAGUUUUGUUUGUUGUUGCUGGAAUAACUGAAGCACAAGCUGUACAAACCACACACUUUUCUGGAAAGAGGCGGAGAUAUGCAGCUAAUUUGCAUUUAAUAGAACAUACAAAAACAGAGUACUUUUGCUUCAUCCUAAAAAUGAGAACGUACAGUGGUCCCUCGCUAUGACGCGGUUCACCUUUCGUGGCCUUGCUGUUUCGCGAAAUUUUUUUUGAGGUGCAUUGUGUUCUGGAUCAAUCUUCUCCAUGUCUCCUGUACAGUUCAGAAUAUGUUCAGCUUGCCAAAUUAACAUAAAUAUUCGAUUGCUAGCAGUGUGUGUUCUAACAGGGUUGAAAAAGAAUUGUAACUGUCCGCAGCAAGACCAUCGUAAAGGGGGUCGCACACCAGAUGCACUGCGCCACGCAGUGCCAUGCAUUUUAGAAUUGUAAACAUAGGUUUAUAUCAGGGUAUGCACUUCAGCACUGCAAGUCGGCAGUGCCCAGCUACGACGCUACUGUUCAAAUUACUGCUGCGGCACAGCGAGCCGUCUGAAUAUUUUCAUUUUACUGUAAAUAACAUGCGAAUGUGCGCAUGUGUGUUACAUCCAACUGUCAUGUGUGCAGCGCAUACGGUGUGCUUUAGAUUUGUGGAUGAGUGACUGCAGGAAAGAGAACAUUACACUGGAUGCCAACAUUAUUCGCACAAAAGCUAAAAAGCUUCAUAAACCUUUUGCUGACAGUGAUAAAUGUUUGUGCCUGACAACAGGUUUUGGUCUUUGGUUUCAUUCUAUAUUACUGAACUUAUUUUUCUAUGAAAGUUUGAACUUUGAGAGUGUUUAAACAAGAGAAAAACGUGUGAAAAUGUUAAUGCCCGUCUAAGAAAAUAGUAUAAAGUGUGUAGUGAGGGGGUUUAAAGCCUUAAAACAUCCAUAAUAAUUGUAAAAAUAAAGCUGACUACUUCAUGGUUUUCACCUAUUGCAGGUUAUUUUUAGAAUGUUACUCCUGCGAAUAACGAGGGACCACUGUACAGCAUGUUAUAAUACCAUUCUGGGGACACCGGAGACUUAUAUUAUAUAUUGACCCGCCGUUUGAGAAAUGCUGUUUUAAUACACCUUAUUCAUUUUACUUGGUCUUCUUGAAGCAGAGCAGUUGUAUCUACUGAAGAACUCAAGAAAGACAAAGACAGAUAUUUCCGUAAUCUUUAAUUCUGAAAAAUAGAUCUUUAAAUAGUUUUACAAAUAUUAUAUAAUUUCUGACAUCUUUAAGUAAAAUGUAAAUAAUGCCACAAAACAGAUAAAUACAGU